AUGACAAGAGAUGAUUUACAAUGCCUUGUUAAAGCAUACCUUGACAAAAAAGGACGCCGUGUUGAAAGGUUUAAGAAUAUGCCUGGGCCAGACUUCGUUAGAUCAUUUGUGGCUAGAAAUAAACUUACACAGAGGACACCUGGAAACAUCAAAAGAUCUCGAGCACGAGUAAACAAAAAUGAAGUAAUUGAAUACUUCUCAAACCUAGAGCCUGUUAUCGCUAACAUGACACCGGAACGCAUCUUCAAUUAUGAUGAGAAUAACAUCACAGACGACCCAAAAGCAAAGAAAGUAAUCGUACCUCGUGGGAUGAGAAGAGUGGAAAGAGUCAUGGGACAUUCAAAGAUGGCUAUUUCAUUAAUGGUUUGUGGCAGUGCAAGUGGAGAACUACUUCCACCCUUUGUGAUAUAUAAAGCUGCCAAUUUGUACGAAUGCUGGAUGGUAAAUGGACCACUAAGAACCAGAUAUGACGCUACAGCAUCUGGGUGGUUUGAUAUGGACACAUUCCAAAGAUGGUUUUUUUGA